AUGAGAUACAACGCUUUUGCCUUCAUGGUCCUCGUCAACGGCCUCGCUCAGGCCAAUCGUUUCGACUGGCAGAGCGAGUCCAAGGCUGAUGUUGCCAAGCACGAGCACAAGAACGCUGCCGACCCUGUUUUUAAGGUGGAGGUGAACGAGGGUCACCGUGCUGGCAACAAGGGUCAAGUUGAGGUUGGGAAAUUAAAGAAGGAGGAGGAGAAAGCCGAGGAAGAGGCCAAAAAGCUGGAGGAGAAGCUGCAGAAGAAAGAGGACGAGCUUGAGCUCAAGGCUGCCCAGGCUAGAGGGAGCCGCCAUCACCGCCACACCCACUCCUCAUACUCCCCUGAUCCUACCUACGAUCAUGUCACCAGAACUACUGGAUAUCAUCGCCAUCACUCAGGUCACCUCCAAAAGGGCCCCUACACACUUGACGGAGAGAAAUUCGACUAUAUCCAUAAACCAAAGGUUCACUUCCACACCUCUUACACCACCCACGCACCUACUCUCAGUCCUGGAUGUGUCGGUGACAAGUGUGCGCGUAAGCCUUGCAAAGAAUGUAAUGGCAACUGGGCACAGCCUGGCUGCUGGCACUGCAAGGCCCAUGGAGCCACUGGUGAGGAGGUUGCUGAACAGGUAGCGAAAACCACCAAGCAUGCUCCUGAAGAAACCAAGGCCAAAGAGGAGGAGGAGGAGGAUAAAAAGGAGAAGGAUCAUUACGCAAAGACAUACACGCAUGGAGACAAGACUGUCAUUGUUCCUAAGGAGACCAAGGCCCCUGAAGCUACUCGGCCUGAAGCUCCUCAGAUUGAACAACCUCAUAAAGAGGGCCCCAAGGUCAUUGUCAUCGAGGAGCCCAAGAAGAAGCCUGAGGGGGAGAAGAAGCUUGAAGAGAAGAAAGAGGAGAAAAAGAAGUACCCUGAUGAGAAACCCAAGCAUGAGUACCCCAAGGAGGAGCCCAAGAAGGAGGACAUCUGUGACAAGGUCCAUCAUCAUGGCCAGCCCAGCAUCUGUGACAAGAUCAAGCAUCAGCACCAUAAGGUCGACGAGCCUAAGAAGGAGAACAUCUGUUCCAAGCCCAAGGGCUGCCAUCCCCAUCAUCAGGCUCCUGCUCCCGCUCCUGCUCCUCACCAUGAAGUGAAACUUGUCCCCGCUCCCGUCCCAGCUCCUCAUUACCCCGAGCAGAAGCCUGAGAUUCAGCCUGCCCCUAUUCCAGCUCCAGCUCCCCAACAGCCUGAGCAGAAGCCUGGAGAGGUUCAGCCGGCUCCGGCUCCGGCUCCAGCCCCUGCUCAACCCGAAGGAGCCAAGCCCGAAGAAGGCAAGCACGGCAAUGCUCCCUCAGUUCCCAUAACAGUCCCCAAGUCCGGAGCCACCUACAACCGCGUCUCUGUUGGCAUCGCCGUCUUUGCAGGUAUUGCCAGCAUGAUGCUUCUGUGA